AAGCCAUUCACUGUGUAACCUCUCUGCUUUCCCCCAAAGGACCAAUUGCCUCACAUUAAGUGAGCGACCCGGCAAAAAUGAAGAUGUAUGCCGCGGCAGAAACAGACGGGUGAGGUCAGGCCGCGCUGAAAAUAAGACUGCAUCAUGUCAAAGUGAAGAAGACGUUGGACGAUGAGAGCAGAUUCUUAUCUCGGAUGGUGCAGAAAACGCAGUCUAUAACCGCCUCCCUUGACAGUGAAGAGCAGGAGGACAGAUGAGAGGCAGCGAGGAGGGCGAGAAUUUCGACUAAACCAUGAACUGUCAGCUCAAUGUCAAACCAACGGGUCCAUCCUGAAAAGUCUUCAUCAACAAGGAACACGCUUAACAGCCAAGGACGCAGAGAAGAGAAACGAGCUGAGGUGAUCUGAGAGGAACGCCGAGCAACAGGUGCCGACUCCUACCAGAUCUUUGGGAGCUGAAGAGACUCGAUGCAGGAACCCGACCUCAUGGAUUAGCUGCGCAAGCGUCCUGCCCGCCGCAGACGUUUCCCUGAGAUAAAUUGGGGUCAAAGCGUGAACCAGCCUCUCUUGACCCUCACCUCGCUGAGAGAAAGCACUUUCACACAGUUGAAGAGGGUGUCAUGAAAGGCUUAAAUCUCCGCCGGGGGCUGCUGGUGCUCCUGCUGCUGUGGACCGUCUCAGUUGUCACUGAUGCAGCCGGCGUUGCAAGUGCAGCGGAGCGAGGAGGAGCUGGAAAGAGCCAGAGAAGAGGAGGAAGUGGUGGCGGCGGCGGCGGCGGUGGUGGUGGCGGAGGAGGAGGUUCAGAGAAGAGGAGGAGGUUUCACCGCAUCCAACAUGGCCAGUGUAGCUACACCUUCAUCCUGCCGGAGCUGGACUCGUGCCAGGGUGGAGGAGCACAGACGGACCAAUAUGGCGGCCAUCGCGGCGGGGCAAGUGUCGUGCAGAGAGACUCGCCACCUGUGGAUGCCGACUGGUCGGCCCAGAAACUGCAGCGCCUGGAAAACACGAUGGAGAACAACACGCAGUGGUUACAGAAGUUGGAGAACUUCAUUCAGAAGAACCUGAGGCGUGGCGCCGCUAACGUCCCGUCACACAUUGUCCACAACCAAACGGCCACGAUGCUGGAGAUCGGAACGAACCUCCUCACACACACUGCCGAACAGACGCGCAAACUCAACGUGGUCGAAGCCAAGGUGCUCAACCACACGUCUCGGAUAGAGAUCCAGCUCCUUGAGAAUUCUCUAUCCACCAACAAGCUGGAGAAGGAGCUGUUACUGCAAACCACUGAGAUCAGCCAGCUGAGAGACAAGAACAGCCGUUUGGAGAGUAAAGUUCAGAGGCUGGAGUCUCAGCAGAGAGGAGAGCUGGAGGACAUGAGGGUGGAGAAGAACAGACUGCAGUCUGUCAUCAGGACUCAGAUGGCGGCCAUCGACUCGUUAGAGAGGCAGCUGAGAGUCGCCAGCACCAACAACACAGCUCUGCAGAGGCAGCAGGCUCAGCUUAUGGAGUCUGUCCACACUCUCAUUAACAUGGUGGCCACCACAGGAUCACCUCCCAGGAACCAGGUGUGGAGGGACUGUGCAGAUAUUUACAAGGCCGGUCACUCUGUCAGCGGUCUGUAUCUUAUCUACAUCGGCAACAAGACGGAGCCUGUGCAGGUGUAUUGUGACAUGGAGACGAGUGGCGGAGGGUGGACCGUCUUCCAGAGGCGAUUUAACGGCAGCUUGGACUUCCAGAAGAGCUGGAGGGAGUAUAAAAUGGGCUUCGGAGACGUGGCGGGAGAGCACUGGUUGGGUAAUGAAGUCUUGUACCUGCUGACCUCUCAGGGCCAGUACUCCCUGAGGGUGGAGAUGAGUGACUGGGAGGGAAACUCGGCCCACUCCCAGUACGACCGGUUUACGCUGACCGGUGAGAGACAGCAGUACAGGUUGUAUCUGAGAGGCUACAGCGGGACGGUGGGACGGCAGAGCAGCCUGCCCACCCACGGGACCGGCUUCAGCACCCGAGACCAGGACAACGACAACUGUGACCACUGCAAGUGUGCCCUGAUGCUCACUGGAGGUUGGUGGUUUGACGCCUGCGGCUUCUCCAACCUGAACGGCAUCUACUACAACGUCGGCCACAACAUCAGGAAGCUCAACGGCAUCAAGUGGCACCACUUCCGAGGCCCCAGCUACUCCCUGCGCUCCACCUCCAUGAUGGUACGACCCUACGACUUCUAACUCCUGACAGGAGCCCCCACCUCCUCCUCCUCCUCCUCCUCCUCCUCCUCCUCCUCCACCUCCACCUCCACCUCCUUUUCUUUGGUGGUUCGACCAUUCGCCGGAGCCAUGAUGGUACAGUCCUAGACCACGCAUUGGAUCUAACGUGUUACUCUCCUGACCCUAGCAAACUCUGGAACUCAUAAGAGGUAACAUGAAUUUCUUAUUAUUUUGUCUGGGAUUUAGUUUUCACAACCCAACAAGGACGAAUCACUCUAGAAAAUAACUGGUUCUCACCUGAAGACGUUCAUAGAAUCCAGCAUCGGAGAAUAAAAAUCAGCUUCACGGUUUCUUCUUCUUCUUCUUCUUCUUCUUCUUCGGAGCAUCUCUUACAUGAGAAAAUGCCUUUUUGUAACGCGACUUGAUUCCGUUACAAGUCAUGUAAAACCGCACUGAAUUAGACUGGUCGAUAACUACUUCUACACCAGCAGCUCAGAUAAUAAUAAAGAUUUACAAUAGUAUUAAUAAUCUUCAUUUACAGAAGAUACACAUUGAUUGGCAGAUUAAAACAGAGAAGUUACCCUUAGAGUUCACUAGACCAAACCAAUGAGCUCUCAUAUUAUUUUAGUCUUUCCUAAGAUGAAAGCACAGGCAGUGGUGUUGGUGACUCAGUUACUUUGUUUUUGACUCUUUAUUUUAGAUAUUGAACGCUUGAUUUACUUUUGCUGUGUCCACAAGAAGAAUCCCUCAACUGUUUAGAUAAAAUAAAACUACAAACAAACAGGGGCACAAUUCAUUUUAAUAUAACAGUCCUGCAUUAAAUCCUCCUUCAUGACUGAUCUAAUGUUCAGCUGAUGUUGAAACAGCAUCAGAAAGGCAGUAAUUCAGCUGGAUUAUCAUUUUGGAGGAUGUAGUUUGUGUUGCUGUUGAACUCAGUUGAAUUAAACACUGAAGCGUUUCUGUUAUUUAGCUUCGCCCACUGACUAUAAUGUCAAAAUAUUAGGAACGUGUGUUAGUUCAGUAAGAAUAGAAACCACAGCCUCCACAAUGAAAACAGAGUUGGAUCAACAGCUCUCUGUUAUUUAAGAAUAAGAAUAGUCUUUAUUGUCAUUGCAGGGCACACACAGUGCAACGGGGUUUUGUUUUCAGCUCUGUAAGAUGUUCGCCAUAAAGAGUAAAAACAGUAAAAAGUAAAAAAUAAAAUCUAAGUCUGAAUUAUAUUUUUAUAUAAAUAGAAUAUAAAUGCCCCUGGUGGUGUAGAUCUAGUUAUAAUCUAUUUGAUCGUCAGUUAUGUCCCUUCCCGUUUUCAGCCAGAUUAACGAUCUCUAAUUAAAGAGCGGCUGAAAGAUCAUGAAUUAACUGAACAAAUAAUUAGCUGCUGCCUUUAACAGCGCUGAUUCUUGGCAGAAGGAACAUCACGCUGUCUUGUUCUUUUAAAAUGAAGAAGGACGGUCUCUGUCGAUUGUUUCUGUCGAUUUAAGGUUUCAACGAUGAAGAGAGCUGAAGAGAACGAGAACUGAAACACAGAGUGAACUUAAUAUAAACACGUCUCUAUUUGUUGAAGAAUGAAUGGAUGACAGCUUGACUUUUGAUGGAGCUUGUGGACUCUUAUGUUUUUACAAGUGGACAACAUUUUUGACAAAUAAUUGGUCUGGGGUCUCUCCGUUGGGGACUGUUUAUACUCCAGCAGAGUCCUGCCGGGCCAAUCAAAUAGUUUUGGUGGGACUGUAUGUGGCGAUUAACACAAGAGUAACAGACACUUCAUGUGGACUUGAUGUGAGCGCUGUGGAGUUAAAUUGGUUUCCAACUAAAUGGCUCUGACUGGUUGGAGGAAUAUCUGAUUGCAUGCAGAGGUUUUUUGUUUUUUUUUUCUCUCUGGGGAAUCCAGAUGUUAUCAAACUCAUAUUCUCAAUGUGACUGCGCCAGGAGAUAAACUGGAAUAACAUCAGGAGCAACACAACAUGACGUCCAGCAGGGGGAGCUGAUUCUCCCCUGAGCGUCUCUUCCUGUGGUCUGAGUUUGUUGCAGAGCUCCCAGAGGGUCCACAGACUAAACUGGACCGCUGGACGUCAGCGAUCGGAGAAAACGCAAAGAUUUGUGUCUCACAAACAGAAACCGAUGGGUAGCUACUAAGAGACACGCAACUGGAGAGAGACUGAACAUUAACAUUAUUAUUCAAGAAAUAAUGACUAACAGACUGAAUAUUUUGAUGGAUGAGUAAUAAUGUUUUUGUGUAUGGCAACAAGUCAAGAAGAAAGAAACAAGUGAAAUGGACAGAGAGGAAAAUAACACAUACAAAAUAAACCUUUUCCCUGUUGUUUUAUGUUGAAAAUUUGGACUAUGUGUAGAGAAUUUCUAUGAUUCGGUCCAGAUCCUGACACAAAGAAAUCUGGCUCCAAUUCUCCUUCUAAUCUAAACCACAUGGACUCGUGUGAUUGCGGAGUCCAAGUCAUUCCUCCUCAAAGAGUUACCGGACACGAUUCUGUUAUAUUCAGUGCACUGAUUUGUGUAGUUUCCAUCUGAAUUUUUCUGUCUUCACACUCAUCCAUGUGAAAUGUUGUAAAGUAACACAGACCUGCACCGAUCGCAAAUGGGUGAGUGGGUUUUAUUUUAUGGCAAAAGUGUUGUAAAGUGUGAUAGGCUUGAUAAGGCCAGGACAAAUAAAGAUGACCUUUCUAGACUAGAGGAGAAAGUUUAUAGACGUCUUAUUUGUUUGGAUGCAGUACCGCAAGUGGCCACAAGGGCAACGUUGCUACUAUAGCGUCAUAUCUGCCCGUGUCCAUCACUUUUCUCCUUUCAUUCAAGGAUGAGUAAACCAGGCAGCUUGAUGAGGACACUGUCUCUCAUUUAUUAUAAUCAAAUAUUGUACAGACUUCAUGAGGCUCUUGGCACGUUUGAAUAAAAUGUUUUUUAAAAAAAUAUAUAUAUAUACAAAAACAAAGCUGGAGCAAAAGCAACUGUUACUUGGAAAAGUCUUCAUGAAACACAACAGUACAGCAUCCACAUAUCCAGGUGAGUAUCUGGACACUAAUCGUGAUUAUCAGGUGAAUAACACCCACAGACGUCCUUAUUUAAACUUAAACUUCUCACCUGUUAGAUAACUGUUUUGUUUGAUAAUUGUAUUUACAUAGAAGAAGUAAUGUAGCAGAAAACUAGAGGUGAAAGUGAAUUCUUCCCGAUCUUGUUAUCAGGCAUCAUUUAAGUCUGAUGUCCUUAUAAUGUUUAAGGAUCGUUAAGUGUUUCCAGAUAUUUAAAAAUGAGCCUUUGGGUUUGUAAGACUUUAAAGGAGAUUGUCAACAUUUUAAAGUCUUCUGGCUAAGGCAUAGAUGAAAGGGUUUAUCUGAACAGCAAACACAUUAUCUUAGCUCAGCAUAAAGACUGGGGAUUAGGAGAAGUAGGGAGCUCGUCCUUUUCCAGAGUUUCCAAACUCCCGAACUAUUCUUUUAAGAAACAUUUAGAUGUUCUUCACAACUAUGACUUUCCUCAGAAAAUGUGAUGAUUCAAAGUUUGCAUCUUCAUCCAGAUUCAUUCUCCUUUAAAACUGUAGUAGAUGAAGUUGAUUAAACGAAAACUGAACAUUUCUGAAUGAAGUUAUCAUGUUUUAUUUGUCCGCAUUAACACUUUGCUCUUAUUAAAUUGCACUUUAUGGAAGAGGAGAUGAAGACAGAUGGAGUGUGUUGUUUAAUUGUCGUCAGUGUUGCUGGGUAUUUUUCUGUGUCCAGGCUGCUUCAAGAUCAUAACAACAAUUUUCACUUGUUCAGGGUUAACCUUGUUCUAUUUUUUUUUUUUU